AACAGCAAUCCUGCAAAACCCUUUAAACCCUUUUCUUUGUUGAGCUGAUUUAGGUGUCUCGUCACUGUAUUCCGGCAAAAUGUGGAGGAGAUCGCUCUCUUCGGCUGCCAUGGCGGCUGCGCGCCGGCGUUCUCCGGAUGCGAGGGUCUUAUCCUCUUCCACCUCUUCCGCCUCGUCCGCCGCCGCGGUCGACUCCCUUAUUCUUCGCUCUCUUAAGGAGCAUUACCUCGAGGUCUCCAAGAUGUCACCGCCCCCGAAAGUGAAUCCGCCUUCGCCGUUUACGAUCGUGAAGGGCGCGCUGGAUCGUGACGGGCCAGCGCUUCGGCGGGAGUACAAGGGGGAGGAGAUCACCAUUUCCGUGAUGAGACUUGCAAACAUCUUGCCAAGUGGUGCCGAGGCUGAUGACGACGAUGACAACGAAGCCAUCAAUCAGCUAUUUCUCCACGUUGACGUUUCGAAGCCCGGACGCGAAGAAUCCCUUCACUUCCUCUGCGGUCUCUAUCCGGAUGCUGUUGGUAUCCACUCUGUGUGCCUCAGGCCUAAGACUGGUUCUCUGUCUCUCGCCUCCUUGAACAAGUACGAAGGCCGUGUCUUCCAAGAAUUGGAUCAGAAGUUAAGGGAUGCUUUUCACCUUUUUAUUGAGGCACGUGGUGUAAACGAGAGCCUCUUCCGAUUUCUCCAAGCCUGGCUUUAUGUAAAAGACCAUCGGAACCUCAUGGGCUGGUUUAAGAGCGUGGGAACUUUCAUCAAUGAACAAAAGAAGCCUUGAUCAUAGUUGAUUUAGCUUUCGCUUGGGAGGUCUUUCUUACUUCUUAAAGCAGCUUUUUAGUACAAAAAUUUUAAUUUUUUACUAAAAAACUGCUUUAAGUAACAGUAAGAAAGCCGUCCCAAGCGAAAUCUUACAUUCCAAGUUUAAUGUGCUUAUCAACUUCGGACCGUCCGGAGGCGAAUCUGGAUAUGCCACGUCACCCAGAUGCACGGGCCCCGGAUGACGAGUAAUUUUCCCUUCCAUUGAGGUACUUGAGUUACUUUGAUGCCUCUUUCUCUCCAUUUGUUUUCCAUGCCUGUGCAAGUUUUCUCGCUUUGUAAUAGCUAUUUUGUAAAAGUGCACUGGAUGAGAAAUUUGAUAUUGUUCGAAUAAAACUUGUUAAUGGCUGCUUAUUUACAUAA